AUGUUGUCAAUGUACCAGGUGGAAGAGCAGGGGAUAGAUCCUAAUAUGCGUGAUCAUGAUGGUGCGACUGCAGUUCACUUUGCCGCUAGUAGAGGGCACCUGGAAUCUCUUCGCUGGCUUCUGAAACACGGCAGUCGGAUAUUACUUGACAAACAUGGCAAGAGCCCGUUGAACGAUGCAGCGGAAAACAGUCAUAUGGAGUGUCUCACACUUCUGAUCAAAUAUACAUCGGAUCCCCGACAUCAGGACAAAAGUGAAAACUUGUGUACGAGUUGUCGAUCACAUAGCAACUCUCGUUACCAGGCCUCACACAGGACUGUGGGUUCCGAUGGAUGUUCCUGUCCCUCCUCACCAUCUGAUGAAAGUUUUAGCUGGUCCGACGAUUAUACAUCUGACGUAAGGUCCACGAGUCAGACAUCUAUUACAGGGGCGGUUCCCCGAGGGUCUACCAACCAAUCAGUCGCUUCCAAACGUGUGAGUAGUACCUCCUUCGGAUUACAUCACCACUGUCAGCAUAAAUGCAGUCAUUGUCAAGCGACUUCAGGGGUUAACGAUGACCCCCCACAAGUUGACUACAAACACUUCAGGCAAUCAAGCGAUGCAAGUUCGGUUAGUAACCGUAUGGACGGUUACAAAACUCCUUUCCCUCCGAGUUCUGUACCAGCCAAUAAAGAAUCGUUUUUCUUACAUCAGCCUACAAUGACCUCUAACGACCGAGUGAAAAAACUGUUUGAAAAUAAUAUCGACAAUAAGGAUCAAUCGGUGAGCACAGACACAUCAAUGUCACAACCUAAGUCUGCUACCAGUAUUACAACGAAAUUUGCAGUGGAAGCCGAAAUCCAUCGAAAAACUUCUAGAAGAUUCUCCGAUCCUAUUCCAGAUUAUGAUGACGAAAUCAAUUACAAAGAACCCGAGAACAAUGGUAAUAUAGGCAAGAGAAGUAAAAAGAGCUCGCUUGUAAAUUCUAGGGUUCAAUCCCAGCAUUCAAUGGAAGCCUGUAGCACAAGCACAGACGAGGGAAUUGAGCAGGAGGUGGAGGAUGGGGGUCCCACGGGGGAAGACAUGAUGGAAUAUCCUCCCGAACUUAAUGAACUCUGCGAUUUGGUGGAUUCUUUGGAUUUCUCGAGAUCGACAAGUACCUCAAGCAUUGAGGAUACAGAUUUGGUAGAUGAAAGUAAUCAAACCUCGCAAAAGAAGGCUUCGGAGAUUACUUCAAAAGAAAUUCAAGACUCUAUUCCCAAGGGAGUUACAAGCACUAAUCUAAAAAUUGUUACGGACACUAAAGUUAACGGAGUUCCAAGCACUAAUCCAAAAAUUGUUACGGACACUAAUGCUAAAGGAGUUCCAAGCACUAAUCCAAAAAUUGUUACGGACACUAAUGCUAAAGGAGUUCCAAGCACUAAUCCAAAAAUUGUUAUGGACACUAAUAUUAAGGAUGAUUCAAGCACUAACCUAGAAAGUGUUACGGACAAUAAUGGCAAAGGAGUUACAAACACUAAUGUAAAAAGUAUUACGGACACCAAUGUCAAAAGAGUUCCAAGCACUAAUGUAAAAAGUGUUACGGACACUAAUAUCAAGAAAGCUCCAAGCAACUAUAGGAAAGAAAAUAUAGGCAUUACUACUGAGAAAGUUCCAAACACUAAAGUUAAAGAAGUUAAUAACGCUGACGUUAAGGAAGCUUUAAAAAUUAGUAACAAUGUUGCUUCAAACUCUGAUAUCGAGAAUGUUCCAAACACUAAACUUAAAGAAGUUAAUAACACUGAGGUUAAGGAAGUUUUAAAAACUAGUAACAAAGUUGCUUCAAAGUCUGAUAUAAAACAAUUUCCAAGCACUAACUCAAAAGAGGCUUUAGGUACCAACAUGGGUAAUAUUUCUGAGACUGAGUCUUCAUUACCGCCCAAAGAAACAGUUGGUCAGAUAAGAAACAUUUUUGAGGAAAUUAGCAAACCAAAAUUGAACCGUAUGAAAAAUCUUGAAAUCAAACAGGCUGUUGUUGGUACCAAAAUGGGUUCUGACAUCAAGGUGUGUAACGACAAAAAUGCUAAAAAUAGUUCUCCAGAAAAUACCUCGUCGAUGGUGCCUCCUCCACCGCCUCCUCCUCCUCCUUUGACUAUUUCCAAAAUGACAGAAAGCGACAUCUUUUCCACGAAACAACAUGAAAAUACCAACAACGAUUCUACCUCGGUAGGGCAGAUGAAACAAUUCAAAUCUGCCGAAGUGCAGUCGGAAGCCUCAGAUAUUUCAAAUGAUAUUAAGAAGGUUCUAUCCAAUAAAAUAAUGAAUGGUGGAGAACCCGAAAAAAAUCCUAGUGGUCAAAUCUUAUCCAAGUCCAAAAGGCACGUGACAAAGGCUUUCAACCCAGUGCAGAUAAACUUUCCCGUUGGUUUGGACACCAACCUCAAGCCAUCCGAAUUCUUAAAGAAAGUUGGUAAAAAACCUCCAUCGUCAAAUUUAAAUGGCAAAAAUAUUAACCAAAGAUUGGAUGGAAGUUCACUCAAACUUAUCGAUGAUACUCCCAAUUAUCGAACAGACAAAACGGAAGAUGGUUACGAUGAAAAAGGCGAAGCAAAAACUGUGGGAAACUCUGUGGUCUUGAAAAGUCCAGAGGAAGACGUUGUAUCAAAGGAUCCUUCAAUUGGAAGCUCUGGGACCACAUCUAAUGGUGCAACUGUUUCGUCUGAUCAGUUUACCAACAAAACUCCUUUCUCUGUCUCUGACGAACAACUAAGAUCUGUUAAUUUGAAGAAAACGGAGAAAACAGCCCCCAACG